UACAAAAUAUUUACCAAAAUAAAAGAAGAAACCCAACAACCAAAAGUUACAAAUCCUAAUGAUCCUUACUCUAACGUUCAAUAUAAUGCGAUCAAGAAUGCUUCUUGUGUUAAACAAUUUCAUGAUCAAAAUUAUUCAUCAUGUGAUAAUUAUUUCAAAUUAUCUGAUGGAUGUUGGAUAUUUACUCCAUAUACAAAUAUUGAAGACUCUAGUAAUCCUUGUGGCGAAAACCUUAAAAAUUGUCAGAAUAUGACAAGCUUCUCUAAUAGCUCUACUUAUUUCACAUAUAAACAAAACUAUCAUGACUUAAUAAUGCUAAACAUCUCAUUGCUUGAUCCACCACAAUUAAAUAGUACAAAUUCAGGUUACAUUAAAAUUAUUUUCAACCAAGUCUUUAUUACCUCUGAAGGUUCACUCAAUAUCAGUAACAUUAGCAAUAUUUAUUCAAUUUCUCUUGGUCAAUUGGCGAUUGUUGAAUUUUCAAUAAAAGUUCACCGAAGGUUUUCUUCAAGAUUUAAUGCCCAACUCGGAGAUUUAGUUAUGUCUACUCAAAAAGAAGCUCUUUUAGAUAUUGAUUUGAAGUUACUUCCAUUAAAUCCGAAUAGCCCUUAUACACUAUUGGCAAUUAGUCCAAAAAAUCAUUUGGUCCGUUAUGAAAAAGAGAAUUAUAACCAUCUCGCAAAACGAUAUAUCUCACGAGCUGGAAUUCCACUAGUUGAUGAUCCACGUAAAUUGCCUUCGGGUGCGACUAUAGAAGAUAGAGUUGCUAUACUAGAAACUUUAUUACAAGAAUAUUAUCUUGAUUCAAAAUAUCUUGAUAUUAUAAAAGAAACUCGUGAUAGAUAUAUAGAGCUUAAUAACAUUUACCACACUUUGGAGUCCAGUAAUAAUAAUGCAAACAAAUCAGUUAUAUAA